GCAGGCUUGCGGCGCCCCAGGCCAGUUGCGCGGAGAGCGCGGGGUUGGAGAGCAGGGCGUGCGGAGGGUCUCGGGCGGGCGCCGAGGGACCUCGCCGGGCCAUGGGACAGGCGGGGAAUCUCGGAGGUGCCCAGCAGGAAGGAUUUCCUGGGCUGGAGCAAACCAGGAGACUGGGGCAGUUCACACUCGGCUAACAAAAAGGAAAGGCAGCACCUCCUGUCAAAGGGAAAAGGAAACAGUCAGAGGAGGGCGAUCCCCUAGACCCAUCUGUGUCCCCUCAACCCGAUGGUGAGCAGAGCAGGAGCCAGAGCCCCGUCCCUGCGGAGGACUCCCCCGAGGCAGGCGGGGAGCGGGAGGAGGACCAGGAGCGGGAGGAGGAGCAGGCCUUCCUGGUCAGCCUCUACAAGUUCAUGAAGGAGCGACACACGCCCAUCGAGAGGGUGCCCCAUCUCGGCUUCAAGCAGAUUAACCUGUGGAAAAUCUACAAAGCAGUGGAGAAGUUGGGGGCCUAUGAGAUGGUGACCGGCCGCCGCCUCUGGAAGAACGUGUACGACGAGCUGGGGGGCAGCCCGGGCAGCACGAGCGCGGCCACGUGCACACGCCGCCACUACGAGAGGCUGGUGCUCCCCUAUGUGCGGCAUCUGAAGGGGGAGGACGACAAGCCACUGCCCCCUUCCAAGCCCAGGAAGCAGUACAAGAUGGCCAAGGAGCCCCGGGGGGAUGACGGGGCCCCUGAGAAGCCAAAGAAGGCCAAGGACGAGAAGCGGUUGGACCAGAUGGUGCCUGGAAAGACGAAAACCGACGCUGCCACUGACCAGGCACGGCUUCCCAGCCAGGAGCCCCCCAGGGAGGGCGCAGAGCAGCCAGGCCCGGCCCUGGGGCCCUCUCUACCCUUCGUGGGUGCCAGCGGCUGCCCUGAGGCCUACAAGCGGCUCCUGUCCAGCUUCUACUGCAAAGGAACACACGGCAUCAUGUCACCACUGGCCAAAAAGAAGCUCCUGGCACAGGUGAGCAAGGCAGAGGCCUUGCGGUGCCAGGAGGAGGGCUGUCGCCAUGGGGCAGCCAGCCCUAAUGGGGACCCCCAGGCCUCCCCAGCUGUUCUCGUCUCCGAAAGUCCACAGAGCCCAGGAAAGCUGGCUGAGAACUCCAGGCACCGGCUGAACCCUCAGGAGGGGUUACAGGCCCCUGGUGGCAGCCUUAGGGAGGCUCCGGCGGGUCCCCGCCUGCCAGCCCCCAUUUUCACUGGCUGUUUCCAUGCGUACCCCACUGAGGUGCUGAAGCCCGUCAGCCAGCACCCCCGGGACUUUUUCCCCAGUUUUAAAGAUGGGGUGCUCUUGGGGCCUCCUGGCAAAGAGGAGGGCCUGGCGGUCAAGGAGCCCCAGCUGGUGUGGGGCGGGGACGCCAACCGCCCGUCUGCCUUCCAUAAAGGCGGCUCUAGGAAGGGCAGCCCCUACCCCAAGCCCAAAGCCUGCUGGGUGUCCCCCAUGGCCAAGGUCCCUGCCGAGAGCCCUGCUCCCCUCCCUACCUUCCCUAGCAGCCCAGGCCUGAGCACCAAGCGCAGCUUGGAAGAGGAGGGCUUUGCUCAUGGUGGCAAAAAACUGCGGGCUGUGUCUCCCUUUCUUAAGGAGGUGGACGCCAAGGAGUGUGGGGCCAAAUCCAUGGGGUCUGGCUUGGCCGUGUCCUGCCUGCUGGGCCCUGCACUGGGGCCUGCCCUCCCCGAGGCCUAUAGGGGCACCAUGCUGCGUUGCCCACUGAACUUUGCUGGCGCCCCGGACCACUUAAAGGGCCAGGCCACACUCCCCUUCAGCCCCCUGGUCAUCCCCGCCUUCCCGGCCCACUUCCUGGCCACGACAGCGCCCUCACCCAUGGCCACGGGUCUGAUGCACUUCCCGCCGGCGUCCUUCGACAGCGCCCUUCGCCACAGACUUUGCCCAGCCUCGUCCGCAUGGCACGUGCCACCUGCCGCAGCCUACGCAGCACCCCACUUCCUGCACCUUAACACCAAGCUUUAGAUCUGAGCCUGCAGUGCUGUGCUGUGCAGGGUCUGAAGCGGCCCGAGCUGGGAAGGCACCGCCCAGGGUCUGGGCCGGAGCCUAGUCCCCAGGAGAGCAUGGCUGUGCCCGAUGCAGGAACGCGCCCCUGUGUGGGCAGCCUGGCACAAAGAGGGAGGCCGUGGGGAAACCGGGUUUGUCUCAAGGAAGCAGCCUGAGCCUGCACCCCCCCCUCAGUUGUUGUGGGGCCUCGGGAGAAGACGGUGCCCAGCUGGCGGCUCCCGGCGAGGUCCCCAGAGCGGAAGCCAGGAACGUGCUGAAGGGCUGAGGGGCUGGGUAGCAGCUUGAGGGAUCCAGGCUGCCCAUGGAAAUCCAAUAAAAGACCAACGUGAAUCCACCCGG